AUGCCCAUCGUUGAAGAAACGGUGGGUAACACCAAGAUCGAGACGUUGCGAGACACUGGAUGCAGUGGAGUGAUUAUCAAGCAGAAAUUCGUAAGAGAAGAUCAGUUCACGGGAGAAUACGGCUUUAUCCAAUUGGUCGACAAUACUACCAGGAGAGUGCCGAUAGCUCGUGUUGAAAUUGACACUCGCUACUUGCAACGUCCCAGGGGCGGGAAGAGCAGGAGAUCCCGAUGCCAAUCAUCAUUUGGCUGGAGUGGUGACCAGAGCUCAGGCGAGGUUGGGAAGAGACACUGUCCCAUUGCGAGUUCCAGAAGCGAGGCAGUCGGUGGCAAUAGACAGGGAGCGUUUGAUGCAAUUGCAAAGGGCGAUGACACGAUUAAGAAGUACAGGCAAUUUACAGAGCCCAAGACCAAGGGACAACAAGUUGUGACGUAUGAAGUGAAGGUUGACAUCCUCUAUCGAUCAUACGCUCAUCCUAGAGUCAAUGGUGGAGUGCCAGUGAAGCAAGUGGUCGUUCCUAGACCGCUCCGUCGCGAAAAAACUGCUGAAAAAGUCUUCAGCAACUUCUAUUGGCCUGGAGUGAGAAAAGACGUGUCACAAUUUUGCAAGUCUUGCGAAGUUUGUCAGCGUACGGACAAGAAAGGAGAUUGUGCCAGAGUACCGUUGCAGAGUACUCCUUUGACAAAUUUUCCUUUUAAGAGAGUGGCAGUGGACUUAGUAGAACCGACCUUCCCUCCUAGUAAUGCUGGACACCGAUACAUCUUGACGUUUAUUGACUAUGCUACCAGAUACUCAGAAAGCAUCUCACUUAAGAAUAUUAGUUCCGAGUCGGUGGCUGAGGCUCUUGUUGGCAUCUAUAGCCGAGUGGGAGUGCCAGAGGAAGUGCUCAGUGUCCUAGGCACCCAAUUUAUUUCUGAUUGCAUGACAGAAGUCUCUCGAUUGUUGAGUAUACGCCAAAUCACCACCACACCAUACCACCCAAUGUGCAAUGGUCUGGUGGAGAAGUUUAAUGACACACUGAAGACAAUGUUAAGACGCUUGUGUACGGAGAAGCCUAGGCAGUGUAACUGGUACAUAGAUGCACUCUUAUUAGCGUAUCGCGAAGCACCUCACAAGUCUACAGGGUUUUCGCUCUUUGAACCGAUUUAUGGACGGACAGUGCGGGGUCCUAUGCGUCUUCUUCGCCGCCUAUGGACACGAGAAGGAGAUGAUGUGGACAUGCGGACGAGCUACCAAUACGUUACCGAGCUAAGAGAAAGACUCGAGGACACGUUAGGGAUAGCUCGCGAGGAGCCACAGAAGGCCCAGCAACACCAGAAAAGGUAUUACGAUCUGAGAGCUGGACAUCGCGAACUGUCGGUGGUGAAGAAGAGAGUCGGAUUGAAUGACAAUAGAAUUGACGUCGGGGGCAACACCAAGGUGUAUCACAUCAAUCUUCGGAAGAGAUUCCUCGAACGAGGGAAGGAAGAAUUUUGUUCCAAGGGAGGACCGGUGUUAAAUACCGUUUGUUCCGCCGUUAUUGAAGCAACGGAAAGGGUGACGGGAGAAGCAGUGAUCAACAAUGAGUUGCUUGACUUGUGCACUUGCUUGGCUACUGAGACCUUUGAUGACGUAAAAUAUGGAAGUGAGCUAAGUUCCGAUCAAGCGUUGGAGGCAGCGGGACUGGUAAAGGCAUUUGAGUGCGUGUUUACAGAUUUCCUGGAACAACGAAUUUGA